AUGUCCGCGGCACUAACACCCGCAAAAGGAAUGGGCGGGCGCAAGCUCAAGUCCUGGGAACUGGCCAUCCAAACUCCUGUCGAUAUCCACUCUAAUAUGUCCGACUUUCUCGCACACAUUGAGAAUGAACCACUUGGACCCGGUUUAGCCGCUAUCGCAAACCAACUUUCCCAAAUGUACGAGGCGAAUGACAACGAAGCUCGGCAUUUCACUCACAGUUUACAGAAAAGAUUUCAGAAAGAAUGUGAUGGAUAUGAUACUGAUACAGCGAAUUUUAUUGGAGACUUGGCUUUGGGAUUGCAGACGAGAAUUGAAAGUCUGGAUAAGACGAUGCCGAUUCCGGAGGACUGGCCAAGGCAGAUGGAGGAUUGGCACAACAAACAACUUUCAACUUUCCAAUUGAAACUCAAGCAAAAAAAACAAAAAGUCACUGCAUCUCUCGGGAAUCAGGACUCGGAGGCGAAGAAGAAGCGCACAGCAGUGUUUGUAGAUCAAGAAAGAACACUCUUGAAUCUCUUUUGGGAAAUCAAGAGAUCGAUCGAUUCAAAAGAACGAACUCUUGACGAAGUAACCAGUACGUUAGCGCUUCAAACACCAAUACGAACAACCGCUCCUAAUAGUUUCUCCUCGGCUCGUACGAUGCUACCAUCUAGUCCUACGAGAUCGAUGACUACACCGAAUAGAGAGAGACCGAUGGGUCCGGAGAGAACGCCAACGAAUAAGAGACAAAAAACUGUGGAUCAUUAUGAUUUGACUGCUUCGCCUGAAUCGCCGGAGCGGUAUUAA